AUGAUCUAUCUUUGUCAAAGCCUGCCUGUUCUUCUCGAAGUAUCUUGUUCUAUGCCAUCUUCAGUCUCUAGGAUGAUUUUUUACUUUUUCCAUGGGAUGGAUAGCAGCAUAAUGCCUCUCCAGUUGUUGCAGGAUGACAGCUCCCCCUUUCUUCAGCAACUUCACAAGUUGGCCUUUCUUCCAGUUUGCUGUAUACUGAAGAGUUCCCACCUCAACCGAGCGGGUUCUAUUUAUACUCGUGCGGACAUCACAUCUGCUCCCUUCUUUGUAUUCAGACUGUUUCCCUCUUCUUCCGAAUUGCUGCCUGCAUACCUUUGGGGUUUUCUUAUAUGGCGUUUUGGUCAUCUUAGGGAUAUCUUCUUCUCCUCCUCCUCCUCGCUUUCUCUCUCAUGUUCUAUAUCUUUCUGCUCCUCAAGGUCGUCAUUGAGAGUGAAGUCGUCCUCCCUUGGUUGUUGGCAAGUCCUGUCUUCGGGGAUUCUUUUCAUUUGUGAUGUGUGUCGUAAAAUAAGUUUUUCACCUCGCGUUAUAAUUGCAGAUUUGCCUCUGCAUUCUUUUACUCUCCAUGGUGUUGGGUGGGACUGCGGAGCGAAGUGGCGUGGGGAGGGAGCAGCAGACGGAACCGAGCACCCACUACGCUGCUAUCGUUGUAAAGAGUUAGGCCAUGUAGCACAGGAUUGCUCGGGGGAAACAAGUCCGGGGACAAGGUGCUGUCGCAACCCUUGCCCCCCUCGGUCAAUAAACGCGGCAUUGCCUGUUGUCAGCGUGUAUGCGUUGAGGGUUAACGAUGUUCGGCGCUCGUUGACACUGGAUGUUCCCGAUCGAUCGUUAGUGCGGAUCGAUCGUGACAUGGAACAGUCAACAAAUCGAGAUUCGGAUGAUUGA